AUGCGAUGCUGUGCGGCCGCCGCGGAGACCGCAGCAUGGUCUCAGCGGCAAGGUAGCUCCGUUGCCGCUGGGCGCAGACCGCAACGAUUUGUUGGCGGCGUUUGCAGCAGGCAGCGGCGAGAUAGAGCACACCCAUGGCUGCGACUGACUGUCGGUGCGCUGUGCGCUCGUGCAGCUGCCGGGCGUUUGGCUGUCAAAACGACCACAAAAUCAACGCUACUGGUCGAUGCAGAUCAGCACGGCCCACAUGACGUCAUGGAGGCCCUUCGCCUUCUCCAGGAAACGGAGAGCGGAGAGCCCGAGGAACUCCCCAGAGCUCGGAAGAAGCAGGUGGAAGUGAUUGUGUUCGUGGCCCGAGAGGAGUCCUCCAAAUGGAAGCCAGUGAAACGAUCGGCCCGCCUGCAGUUCGAGAUCGUGCCACGCACGGCAGACUAUGGAGAUCCGAACGAUGCUGCCAUCGAUAAUCGGGUACGAAAGCUGGCAGAAGAUCGCAGGAGUCGUCCGAAGGAGGUUGCCAUUCUUGCAUCCGAUUCCGACUUUGUGGAAACCGUAAACUAUGGAAUCUCCCAUGGCAUAGAGGUGGUGGCCAUCGUACCGGAGAACCGACCCUCUGUUCUCAAGGCGUUUGAGCCAACGGCUGCGCGCCUACUCAAACUGCCAGCGAAGGCGCUACGGCCCAAGGAUGGACCACGCCGCGGAACGCGAAGUGCAGUUUGCAAAGUCCGAGCCGUCCUUCAUGGGGAUGGUCGUGGCGAGGUUUUGCUGUCUGACACGUUACCGGGAACUGAACUCCCCGACGUGUUGGGUCCGCUGCUUGACCUGGGCUACUGCACGGCUGCCACUGCACGGGACAGUUUGAUGCCAUCCAUUGUGAAUUGCUGGCUCACAAACAAUCUGGGUGAUCUGACCGUGUUUCCGUAUCAAUGCGGCAUACAGGAGUUCUCAACAGCACUGAAGUGCAGGACGUCAGCUUCUUGGGCAAGGCGCAGCCAUGACCUCGCCUUUGUUCUGCCGACGCGAGGCGGACGCACUGCCGCGGCGAUUCGCGACUACGGAACAAGCAAAGCAGCCGCCGUCUUCCAAGGAGGAG